AUGUUGACUGUUGCGGGGGCAGCCUUGGCUGGCAAGGCCGCGUUCGAUUACAACAGGGAGAACUUCACGGAGGACCGCGAGCAGCGGAUGAAGAAGGAGUUCUUCGAGCGCAAAAUGCGCGUCAAGCAGGCAGAGUUGUGGCGGGAAGACGUCCGUGACUUCAUCUCGCUGACCGAGAGGAAGAUGUCGAUCUACUUGCUGGUCAACGUGCUCCUGCUCGGCUUCAACUUGAACCUGUGGUGCGAGGGAAGGCUGCCGGAGGGGACGCCCGACUGGCUGAUGUUGGGCAACCAGGUGGCCAUCGGGAGCUCCUUCACGUUCCUGCUCCUGACCGUGUGGCUGGCCAUGCACGCGUCCGUGGCGGCGCAGAGCUACCAGACCCGCAUCCUGACUCAGCUGGUGCGGCUGCCGCUCCCGACCUGGAGGGAGCUGGAGGCCUGCCGCACCCACGCCUCGGAGUUCGAGAAGGUGGAGCCGCGCCAGAUGUUCCGGGUCCCCUUCUUCACCGGCAGCCAGGAGAGCAUCGCCCGGCGCUCGGCUGCCCUGCGCGGGGGCGGCGCCGAGGCGGCGGGCGGCGAGGGCGGCGGGCCUGGAGCCCUGCCGCCGGCCGCAGACCCGUGGGGCCUGGAGCAUCGCAGCGACGACUUGCUGGAGCUGGGAUGCCACCACGGAGAGGAGGUUGCCACGCUGCGCCACAUCAAGCUGGUGAGGCAGGCGGCGGUCUAUUACCAGACGUACGACGCCUUCGCACGCGUGUCCAUGAGCGUCGGAGUCAACCAGCUAAUGCUGGCCAUGAGCUAUUACAUUCUAGGUUACGCAAUGCUGCAAGUCCAGGCCCCCGUGGCUGCAAUCGUUGGUGUCAUCAUCCUCACGGGCGCCGCCGAGAUGGUCGCUCGCAUCGACUUGACCCUGCCUGUAGGGGAGCAGCGGCUUAUCCAGGCGCUUCUUGUCUUCGGGCCCACUGUGGCAACCUUGGCAUCCUAUCACUACGUCCAGCAGCAAGACAUGACCACCAAGAUCGCAGAGAUUCUCGCGCCCGUCGCCUUCAUCAGCCACGGCAUCGUAAUCGCGUUAAUGACAUUGGUGCUCUCCGUGCGGGAACAAGAGAAUGGUGCAAUGUUGCCUCUGGCAUUCCAGGGCGUCCUCUACCUCGACGUCUUCGGCUGGGUCUCGCACAAGCGCGCGCGCGAGGCGCGCGACCCCGAGAAGCUGCCUCUGCGCGGGCCGUCGACGCGGAAGUUGGUCGACGCGGGGCCCGCGGACGACGCCACGUCCGCCACCGCCGAGCUGCCGAGCCGCGCCGCCAGCAGCCGGCGAGUCAUGGUGGCGGGCGCCCCCGCCAGGCCCAAGGCGCUGGCGGCCGGGCUUGGCGCACCCCUCGGCCACUUCGCGAAGGAGUACGCGGAGCCAUCCGCGUGCGCGAGCGUGCCCGAGGGCGACGAGGACGGCGCGUCGGACGACGAGGCCUGGCAGCAGCCAGAGGAGGCCGAGGGUCCCGGCGCGGCGCGGCCGGCCGCGUGCGGCGUGAGCUACGACGAGGCGGGUCGGCCGCUGCCAGCGAGGCCCAUGUGCGUGGCGCCGCCGUCGGCCUCCGACGACAUGAGGCUCGUGGAGGGCGCGCCGCGCGCGUGGGACCACGUGAAUGCCGUCGAGCCGCCGGCGAAGGGGUUCUGGGACCCAGUGACCUUCAUGCCGCAGGGGAACCGCCGGCGCGAGAAGAUGGACUCGCUGAUCUCGGACGCCCCGGACCAGCCGCUCAAGGGUCAGGAGCGCGCAUCCUUUUGGGGGUUCCACGCCAGUCGCGGGGAGGAGGAGGACGAGGGCGUGCCGAUUGCGACGGGCCACGACAACGAGAUGCCAGGCGUGCUCCCGUGGCGUGUUUUCAGGAACGCCUCGUUCGUGAUCAGCUUGACAUGGAUCCUCGCGGGGGUGUACUACAUCCUUCACGUCACUGGCGUUUGGUCCAUGGCGCUACCCUGGAACGAUGUCUCGCAGGAUGUGUCCUCCAAGGCGGCAAGGAGCCGCCACUGGGGCAGCGGCGCAGAGGUGGUGCCGAGGCCUGGGAUGUUCUCCCUGCUCGCGGCGGGCGUGACCUUGGGAGAGGUCGGGCCCGAGGCGGAGCGCAUCUGGGCGCAUUGGCCCUACGCCAACAUCCAGCCGCAGACGCUUGCCUGCGAUGCGGAGGGCCGGCGCCUGCUCGCCACGGACGGCCUGUCCAUCUUCGAGGCCACCCUUCCGGCCCCAGCUCCAGCCAAGGGCAGGGCGGCGGGCAGCCCCUCGCCGCGGCAGGGCGACGAGCAGACGCGGCUCUCGGCCACGUUCCGGCAGGCGCCGGGCUGCCCCGCCCUGCAGGGCGAGGCGCUGCAGGACGUGGCCCUCCACUGCGGCGGCGGCGGCGCCUGCGAGGCGCUGGCGCUGCACCACGACGGCGCACGCCUCGCCGCGUGCCCGCUCGCGGCCGCGGCGGCGGGGGGCUCGGGGGGCUACGUGGGGCACGUGGCGGAGGGCUGGCUCCAGAGGCCCGUGCAGGGCGCGCGCAGCCGGCGCAGGGAGCAGGCCCACUGGCUCCUGGUGGACCAGGGCUGCGCCGCGGGCGCGAACCGCACCGCCGCCGAGGGGCUGCAGCACGGCGGCUGCGUGUCCGUGGCCACCACGCACGGCCGCCUCGCGCAGCUGACCCAGCACGCCGGCGGCCGCGAGCUGGUCCCGACGAGCAUCGUGGAGGACCAGGGUACCGAGCACUCGCCGGCGGAGGCCACCCGCGCCUUCAACGACCGCUACUUCGGGGUCCUGCACUCGAAGCGCCACAGCAUCCGCGUGAUGGACGCCGACAGCGGGGCCGAGGCCGCCGGGUUGCUCCUGCUGCCGUCCGAGGUCCCCGACGUCGGGGCCUUCUGCGUCGGCGGCGGGCACGU